AUAGUAAAGAUUGAAAUAUACUAUCUUAGUAUAUCAUAAUUAAAUAAAUUAUAAAUAAAUGAGUGAUUUUUAGUUAAUUUAUAUUUUGAUGAACGGUUAAAAUUGACAUAAAAAAUUAAAUAGAAAUUAUGUCUUAUUUAUAUAUAUUAUUAUAUGUUUUAGAUUAUGCACUAAAACAUAAGAAAUAUAUUUUUAUAGAUAAGAGAUUUGUAUGCACGAUCGAAAUUAAUUUCAGAAACCUAAAUUGGCUGUUUUUUCUACAUGCAUAUCAUUAGAAUAUUUAGAACAUAAUAAAUCAAGUUUAAGAGAUGAGUAAAUUAUUUUAACCUAAUGUUUUCUUUUUCUUCAUUUAAUAUAUUAUUGUUUAUGGUGAUUUUUCUGAAUACAAUGUUUUUUUUUAAAUACGAUGAUUGAAUGUAAUUAUUUAAUUCUAUUAGAUUCCUAUUAACUAACUACUAUAGAUGUUUAAUACCCUUAAGUUGUGUAAAUUUAAAUUCUGUUGAUAAAAGUAUUUACAUUUUGAUUUACAAAAAUUAUGAUUUUAAAAACAAAGUAUUUUAUGUAAAUAUACCAAUGUUACAUUUACCAAACAAAAAUCACUAAAAUUUAAUUUUAUAACAAUUUAUAUUAUUUUUGAAAAUUUAAAAAUUUGUUUAAUCUAUUUAUAUAUAAUAUAGAUUAAAACAAAUUGAAAAUCUGUAAAUAUAUUUUUAUAAUAAUAUCGAUUUGAAGUUUAUUGGUAAUGAAAAAGAAACUUUAAACUUUAUUGUGAACUUUCUGUUUUCUUUAUUAAUAUACUGUUCACAAAAACUUUUUUUUAUUACAAAAAGUGAAAAUAAUUCUAUAAUUGUAUACUUAUUAUAUAACUAACCUCUAAAUAUUUAUGUUUCAUGUAAAUUAAGCUUAUAAAAAAUAUAUUUUAAAUUUGUAGAAUUUAGAACACACAAAUUAUAAAUAGUAUUUUCUUAUAUUGGCGUUAUAAUUAUUAAACAUAAAAAAAACAGUGUAUCAUUUUUAAAACUGAUUUAUUAUAUGAUAUUACAAUUAUGAAAAAGAUUACACACAAUUAUAGUUACGCAUAUAAAGAAUGUAUCUUUAUAAAGAAAAAAAAAAUUAGAAUUUUAGUUAGGAAAGUUGAAUAUUUGAAGGAUAUACAUAAACCAAAAAAUAUUGUUGGAGUUAUUAGAUUUGGAGAAUAUUCUCAAAGAUUACCUUCUAAUAAAUAAAAAUCUACUAAAAAGAACCCUACAAUCUCUUUUGACAAAUAAAAAAGAGAAACCCUUCAUCUCUAAAAACAUACAUUCUUCAACAACAGUUGUCUUGUGUAAACUUUGUAUGAACAGUGGAGAAAAGUUUUGAGAAAACAAUGCAUAUUCUUUUGUUUACAGUUUGAGUAAUACUCGACUCAGUUCUCCCGCUCUUCCCCCGAUCUCCUUCAGAUUCUCCGCCCCCAUCUUUUUAUUUUCCUUCCCCCCGGGAAUGGAGAACAAGUCAUCAAAACUUCUUUCUACGAAGAAAGAAGCAACACCAGAACUGGAUAAUGGUAGUUUCAUUGAUCCUAUGGGUCGCCGCAAGUCCAAGCGUUUUAAGGCUGCAGCUGUGAGAGACUUCCCACCUCACUGUGGACCAAGCUCCACUGGGCUUAGAUCAAGCACGGAGCUGAUGAAGAACAACGUGUCUGAUGAAGCUGAGGUUGAUGAAAAGCUUGUUGAGGUAGUAACAGAGGGAGCUGAACAACAAGUGAAAGAUAUGAACGGUGGCUGGCGAAGCGUUGGGAUAAAGCAGCUUGGUGGAAGAAAGAUUAUUGCAGUAAGAGACUUCCCUCCGAAUACAGGAACCAAGUUUUCCGAUUAUGGAAAGACCGUGAAUGAUGCUGCUGCCUCCAAGAAAGAGUUAACAUUGGAUUCUGACAAAAGCAUGUCGAAGCCAUUGGAAGCUGAGAAACCAAAGUUUAUAAUCCCAAAACCAAACGAGACAGCAAGCAAAUUUAAAAAAACAGAAGGUGUUGUACUGCCUUCACCCUUGAGGCUUCUCCAGAAGAUUAAUAGAGAUAACGGUGAAGGAUCUAGUAGGAAAGAUAGUGAGACUUUAUCUACUGCUCCUUCACGUCCUAGGGGAGACACUAGCGCUAGAGACAAAGUAAUGGAAACGCUACGUUUAUUCAGUGAAGCUUGUAGAAAGCUUAUCCGCGAGGAUGAAGCAAACCCAAGGAAAAAAAACGGCAAAAACUUCAAUGUCUCCGUAGAGGCUUCAAAGAUCGUCAAGAGCAAAGGCAAGUACCUCAACGUCGGCACACAGUUCAUAGGAACCGUCCCUGGAGUCGAAGUAGGCGACGAGUUCCAAUACAGAAUCGAACUAAACUUUCUCGGCAUACACAGAGCAAUACAAGCUGGUAUUGACUACAUGAGAGACGCCAACAAGGAGCUGCUCGCCGUGAGUAUAGUAGCCUCUGGUGGCUACGACGACGACCUUUGUAACUCCGACGUGUUGAUCUACACAGGCCAAGGAGGGAACCUAUCUAAAAAGUUUCAACAGGGGAACAUAACCAACGAACCUAAAGACCAGCAGCUCUUGAGAGGAAACCUCGCGUUGGCGAACAGUAUAGACAAACAGAACCCUGUGAGGGUCAUAAGAGGCAACAAGAAGACACCAUCUUCUGAUAAUAACACCAAAAACUACGUCUACGAUGGGUUGUAUCUGGUUGAAGAGUUUUGGAAAGAAGUGGGAUCUUAUGGUAAGCUUGUUUUUAAGUUCAGGCUGCGGCGUAUCGCCGGGCAGCCUGAACUUACUUGGAAAGUGGUUAAGAAAGCAAAAUCAUCAAAGGCUCGCGACGGUCUCUGCUGCGAAGAUAUCUCUGGAGGGAAAGAGAGGUUGCCUAUAUGCGCUGUUAACGAGAUAGACGAUGAGAAACCUCCUGUGUUUGACUACACUGUUAACAUGAUAUAUCCGGAUUGGUGCCAGCCGAUUCCUCCGAAAGGUUGCGGCUGCACGAAGGGCUGCAAAGACUCGAAAAACUGCGGUUGCGUUGCGAAAAACGACGGAGAGUUGCCGUAUAACUACGACGGAGCGAUUGUUUUUAGAAAGCCUAUGGUCUACGAGUGUGGCCCUCUCUGCAAAUGCCCGCCUGAUUGCUACCUCCGCGUCACGCAGAGAGGGAUCAAGAUCCAGCUGGAGAUCUUCAAGACCGAGUCGAGAGGAUGGGGAGUGAGGUCUCUAGAGUCUAUUCCUUCGGGGAGCUUCAUCUGCGAGUACGCAGGGGAGCUUCUACAGGAAAACGAAGCUGAUAGGCUUGCGGGUAAAGACGAGUAUCUAUUUGACAUUGGGACUGAUAAUGGGAGUAGUAGCUUCUAUGAGAGCAGCUUCUUUACCAUAGACGCUGCGAGGAAAGGGAACGUAGGGAGGUUUAUAAACCAUAGCUGCUCGCCGAAUCUGUACGCGCAAGAUGUUUUGUACCACCAUGAGGAUAUGAGGAUCCCUCAUGUGAUGCUCUUUGCGAAGGACAAUAUACCUCCGCUUAAGGAACUAACGUACUAUUACAACUAUAAGAUUGGCCAGGUGUUGGACGCUGAUGGUAAUGUCAAGGUGAAGAAUUGCUAUUGUGGUUCGGCGAAGUGCAGUGGUAGGCUCUACUGAUAAGCAGCUGAUGUUGCUGGCCUGUAUUCAUGUUCUUCUUCUGCUUAUUCUUUCAUCUUAUGUUUAGUGAAUUAGUAAUAGCCUGAUAGACUUGGUAUUAUUAGUCUUUAUACUAUAGUCAAUUGCUGUUUGUGUUAUUUUCUUGAAACUCACACCAUGGUCUAAUCCUAGGUUUUUUCCUUCCAUAAACUGCAAUGUUUUUUUUUACUGGCA